UUAACCUAUAUAUCCCAAAUUUAUAAAUAUAUUUUUGUUUACAAUAUUACACGCCCUUUUCCAAAAAUAAAUUUUUCAAUACCUUUCAAUCAUGAACGAAGAGUACUUUAAUUGUCCGGAAUUUAAGCCAAAAAUGCACAAAAAAUUACUUAAAUAUAUUUUGAGAGAAAUUCCUAGAAAUGAUGGAUCAUCAGAUGCUAACAGGGUUGUUAUCGCUCAUUUUGCCGUAUUAGGAUUAGGAAUAUUAGGAGAACUGGAUAGUAUAACUGAAUAUGAGAAGGAAAAAUUAAUUAAAUGGAUUUAUUCAUUACAAGUAGUUGAUGACGAGGAAUUGGUUAGUGGUUUUCAAGGUAGUUCAAUCAUGAACACUAAAGAUAAUAAAAACAAGAAUUCCCCAUACAAAUGGGGACACAUUACAAAUACAUAUUCUGCCCUAGCUAUUUUAUUAUUGUUAGGAGACGAUCUCUCUAAAGUAAAUAAGAAAUCAAUCCUCUUGAGUUUACGAGCUCUACAGAAUGAUGAUGGCUCGUUUACUGCUACUCGUCUUGGGGGUACUGAAAGUGAUAUGAGAUUUGUGUUUUGUGCAGCCUCUAUCAGCUACAUUCUGAAUGAUUGGUCUGGCUUAGAUAUGAAACAAAUGAUUGAAUAUGUACAUAAUUGUAUUUCUUAUGAACAAGCUUUCGGCCAAGUACCUGGCUCAGAGAGUCAUUCAGGAUCAACUUUCUGCGCUCUAGCCUCUCUAUACCUCAGUGAAAAUAUGGAUAAACUUUCAGAGUGUCAGAAAGAAGGACUCGUAAGAUGGCUUGUAAACAAGGUCGAUUUUGGUUUUAGCGGCCGAACAAAUAAACCAGUUGAUACUUGUUAUUCCUUUUGGACGGGGGGUUCUCUUCAACUCCUUGGGGCCUACAAGUUAAUAGCUCCAUACGAAAGACAGAGACACAAGUUGAUGUUUGCACAACACAGAAAUGGCGGUCUUUCCAAGUACGAGGACUUUCCUCCUGAUCCGUUGCACACUUCUCUGGGACUUGCUGGGCUGAGCAUGAUGGGGAUUGAUCAUUUAGAAGAGGUCCAUGUUCCUUUGGUGAUCACCAACAAGGCCCAUGAACACUUGAAGUUCUUGCAUAACCAAUGGAGCCAAUUUUAACGAUAUCGUCUUAGGAAAUGAGCAAGUAAAAAGACAGUCAAUAUCAAAACGAGCAAUUUAGGUGAGGUUGAAUCUAUCUGAAAAGUUAUGUGGAGACAUCAUAAAUAUUUUAUUCAAUGACAUCAGAAGCCUACUGUUAAUUUAUAGUGAAUUAUUUGAUUCUUGCGGUCUUGGUUUGAUGAAAACUAUUUCAGAAUUUCAACAAUUUCUUAAUUUUUUAUUUAUAUUUGCAUUUUAAAUAUUACAUGUGAAAGAUUAGAUGCCAUUUAAGAUUUAAAAAAGAAUUGCCAUUAUUAAACAUCAUUUUUAACUUAAGAUAAUAGGAAUACAACUUAUUUUAAUUUGAAAAGUUAAAAAAGAAAUCUAACCGGGAGGUUAAUUUAGUCAAUUUUAUAGACCAAUAAUUAUUAUCAGAUUCGAGUAUUAAUAAUGACAAUUUUCAUUUAUUGCAAAACCUCAUAGAAAAAAAAAACUGAAACAAGGAAUCACAUAACUGGUGUUUUUGUUUUCACAAAAAAUCUUGAUUUUAUCUAAUGUGAAUUUGAAAAAUUUAUGAUAUCAAUGAAAAGAAAAAUAUUUAGGAAUUCCGAUGUAUGUAAUCUUUUCUGAAGACAUAUGAACAAGCACAAAGAAACCAGGAAGAUAAUUUAUAUUUAUUUGGUAAAUAUGUAAUAUUCGUCAAGAUAUAUAUGUAUGUAGAUUUUUUAUGAAUUGAAUAAAAAUAAUUUUUGCUUGAA